CGGAAGUGUAGAAGCUAAGGAAGAUGGCGGAUCCGGACGAAUAUAUGUGAAUGAAAUUGAUAACACGAUAGUGAUGUAAUUAUUGAAGAAAUACUGAUAAUAUCCCUCUUCAAAGGAAGAGACCAGUCUAGUCAGGAUGAUUGUACUGGUCAUUGUAUCACUUAUAGGUGUGACAGUGGGUGAAGACAUUACAGUACACGCGACCACAGACAACAAUGUGACUCUGAAAUGCACCAAAGUGCGUGGGGACGAGAAGGUCGGAGGGAUCCUGUGGUAUAAAAAUGGCGUCUUCUUUGCAUCAAAGGGAAACAGCAAGAAGAUCAACUUUGCUGACCCAGCCUACAAGGAUAAGACGGACAUAUUGGAAGAUCACAGCUUAGUGUUGUACACGGUCAAGGUCAGGGACACAGCCAAUUACACAUGUAAAGUGUAUGUUGAAGAUUCCCAGAAUGCAUCAAUGAAAGAAAGGAACGUCACCCGCAAUUUAGUUGUGCAAGAUGUUCCAAGUCCCCCGGGGAAGCCGAGAAUCCUUAACAUCGAGUCUCGCGAGGUGAAGGUCACCUGGGACAAGAGUGCCUCAGAUAACAACAGUCCUAUAUCUGUCUACAUCCUCCAUGUUAGUAAGUGCACGGUAACACAAGGCCCGCCUGAGGAGCGGGACGUGGUGGUGGGUGGGUCAACGCUGGAAAUCACCGUCAGGGAGCUCAACCCUCACACCUGCUAUCAGGUCAAGGCUCGCGCCAAGAAUGGGGUUGGACGCAGUGAAGAUAGCAGUUUCAGUGAUAUGUUUUUAACUUUAGAAGAACCACCCUCGGAACCCCCGUUCAGCGUAAAGGCUGACAGUCCGGACAGCACUGAGGUGCAUGUCCAGUGGAACCACAUCCCAAAGAACAAGCUGAACGGAGAACUGAAGGGAUACGAGUUGUCCUACAAGGCCCAGGACGGACAGCCGGAGAGAGUUCGCCUUGAGGACCCCACCAGACAUAACAUGGUGCUGUUUGGGCUGAAGCCUUUCACCAAGUAUGAGAUUCAGCUGAAGGCAUUCAACAGUGUGGGUUCCGGGCCCCCUGCUAACGUGACUGUCCGAACAGCGGAGGGAGUUCCAACCAAGCCCCGAAUCACACACAUCACCAAUCGAAUGUCCAAGUCCUUCUUUGUUCACUGGGAACCACCAAAGACACUCAACGGGCGCCUGGAGAAGUAUGAGCUGCAGUGGAGCUACAACAGCAGCUCAGCAACUCGCAUCAUCCAGGGGGACCUCAACAACCCAAUGUCUGCCUUCAUCAGAGAUCUAGAGCCCUACACGGAAUACAAGAUCCGAGUGGCUGCCUACACUGGGGGUGGCAAGGGCAAGUUCAGUGACGACUUCCCUGGAAUCACGGAUGUGGAGGGUCCUAGUGCCCCGUACAUCACCAACUUCACUGUUGUGGGCCUGAACAGUGUGUAUAUACAGUGGGAGCCCCCGGAUGUCUUCUACAAGACCAUCAACAACUACUUCAUCAAGUGGUGGGAUGUGGUGGAAGCCUCUUACUACGAGGACAGGCUUAUUGAUGGAACUGAAACCGAGACAACCUUAGAAGACUUACCCAUCAAUGGCCGUUACCGCUUGAAGAUUGCUGGCGUCACACAUGGGAUCUUCAGCAAGACACACUAUGUUGGAGAGUUUACCGAUGCCACAGAGUUUGUUCUAGGAGGGAGUCAGUCUGAUAUUUCACGUGGUGUCGUGGAUACGGAGAUAAUUCGAGACCAUGGCCACUAUGCAAAUCCCGAGAUGGAAAGUGCCAAGAAUAAGGAGGAGGUCAUGUCCGCCGGUGUCAUCGCAGGCGUCAUCAUUGCAGUUCUCAUCAGCCUCAUCGUUGUCGUCAUCUUUGUUGGCUAUAGGUCAUUUGCGUGUAGAAAGUGUUACCAAGCAGCAUACUACUACCUGGCUGUUCCCACCAACUCCCAGUCCACACCGCCAACCGUUGUCACUGUCGCCGAGCCUGCAGAUGAGAAAGUUUACCCUGAUGUUACAGUGAAGGAGUUUAUCCGCCACGUGGAAACUUUGCAUGCUGACUCCGAUAUCGGCUUCUCUCAGGAAUUUGAUGAUAUCAACAAGAAUACCAAUGUGGACUUCCGAUGUGAGAGUUCUAGCCUACCAGAAAAUCGUGGCAAGAACAGAUACAUCAACAUAGCUGCUUUUGACCACUCUCGAGUUGUGUUGAAGACAGAACUGGGGAGACUCCGCCAUUCCGAUUACAUCAAUGCAAACUAUAUCGAUGGUUACCAGAAGCCAAAAGCUUACAUCGCCACUCAGGGACCAUUGCCGCAGACAUUUGCCGACUUCUGGAGAAUGAUAUGGGAACAAAACUGCAGCGUUAUUGUCAUGAUAACGAACCUCAUGGAGAGAGGGAGGCGUAAAUGUGACCAGUACUGGCCGAGUGACGGACUGGAGAUCUACGGCAGCAUGUCGGUCAAGCUGCUCAACACAAUACAGAGGGCUCACUACACAGUGCGCAUAUUUUCAGUGCGGAAUAUGAAGGUAAAAAAGCAUCACCUUCAUGAGUCCGAGGCCAGGCAUGCACAUAGACUCCAGAAGCACUCCGUGAAGGGUGUGGGAGAGAGGCUGGUGUACCAGUUCCACUACACUGAGUGGCCUGAUCAUGGCGUCCCUGACUACACGCUGCCCUGUCUCACCUUUGUCCGCAAGUCUGCUGAGAUGAACCCAGAAGGGGGAGGACCUAUAGUUGUACACUGCAGUGCUGGCGUUGGGCGUACAGGAACUUACAUCUUGAUUGACAGCAUGAUAGCUAAGAUGGAGGAAAAGAGUCUCAUCAAUAUCCCAGGGUUCAUCCUGCAUAUCCGGAAACAACGAAACUUCCUUGUGCAAACUGAGGACCAGUAUAUGUUCAUCCAUGACGUGUUGGUGGAGUAUAUCCUGGGUGGGGGAGACACAGAGGUGACGGCAGACACUCUCACACCGUACAUCGAGAAGCUGACGAUGCCUGCCAGAGAUGGAGCUGAGACCAUCCCAGAGGCCUUGCUGGAGAACCAGUAUAAGCUGGUAACAGCCCACAAGAGGAAUGAUGAUGAGAUUUCUCAAGCUCUCAAACCAGUCAAUGAAGCCAAGAACCGCAACAGCACCUUUCUGCCUGUCAAUCUCAAGCGUGUCUUGCUGCCCGUGAAGCCAGGCAUGGACGGGUCCGACUACAUCAACGCCACCUACAUGCAGGGUUACAGCAAGUCAAAUGAGUUCAUCGUAACCCAGCACCCGCUGGAGUCUACUGUAGAAGACUUCUGGAGAAUGGUGUGGGACAGGAACAGCCCUGUCAUCAUCGUCCUCUCCUACGUCAACAAUGAGGAUUUCAAAGAAUUUUGGCCAAAGAAGGAAGAACCUAUGGAGUUUGAGGCUUGUCCCUUCAAGCUGACCACACGGGAAGAAGAGCAGGUGUCCACAUGUGUCACCAGAGGGUUCUUGUUGGAGUCAACACAGUACGACUACACGUUCCAGACGAAGUUGAUGACGGUGGACGGAUGGCCGGGAGCAUGCUCUCCUCUACACACAGUGUUCCAGCUGAUAGAGACAGCGCAGAAAUGGCAGCUGGAGAAUGACAUUGGACCUGUCAUAGUUGUUGAUAGGUAUGGCGGGGUGGAAGCGGGGAAGCUGUGCGCGCUGUGGACGAUGUACAACCAGCUGACACAGGACAAGAAUGUGGAUCUCUACCAGCUGGCCAAACUUUACCAUCUCAAAAGACCAGGCAUCAUCGGAACAAAGGACGACUACCUGUUCCUGUACAAGGCCGUUGAGAGCUACCACAAGGCAAGUCUAGAGGACGGUGGGGAGUCUGUCAACUCCUCGCCCAAACACCACAACUCUGUUCGCAAAAACGGCACUCUGCCUCACACGAUAACCCUGAGUCACAGCAACAGUAAGACGGAGACCAAUAUAUGACAGGGAGUGUAGCCCCUGUAAGGCUGAGCAAGUCCAAGAUAACACGCUCCUCUCACUUCACAGAACAAUAGACUUGUGUUGACAACGGCAUCACCGACUUGCUGGUUACAGAGAAUGGACUCUAAUUCACAGAUCGGAAUAGCUUAGAUGCAAGCCCUGUGAUGAAGUGAAGUGUUCGGGACGACUUGGCUAGGAAGAUCAAAGAAUAUGCUUGAUGCUUUAAGGACAUCACAUUGCUGCCAAACCAUUCAAUUUCAGAUAUAUCCUACCGAGACGGAGUUUUUAUGGGAUGGGAAAUCACAGAUUUGAUUUUUAUCUGUGACUGAAAUUGGGGCAGUUGCGCUGUUACGCCAAGGAAUCUCACCAUGUCUGUGUUGAGGGAUUUCAGUAGGAAAGUACUCCUCUAGCAUGCUUCAGUAGGAAUCUGCAGCUCGGAACGUGGUACAGGAAGGGUGUGGUCACCCAUGUGGUCAGUAGGUCGGUUUCAGACUGUGCGCUGCUCGGACAGUCAUAUACUGCAAAUUGCAGAGACACUGAAACAAAUUCUUCCUGGAAUCAAACGGUUUUGUUGUUUUUUAAAUUCACAAAUGGUCCAUUUUUUAAGCCAGAAGCCUGUUUCCGCUGUUGAUCAGUUGUUGACGAUGGCAUUCAUCGAUGGAGUCGAGGUUGAAACAGAUGUACCUCAUCUACCACUGGAACUACACCAGCGAGAUGGAACAGGAUUGGGGAAACUGAUGGUCAUUGUGUCACUGAAGGAAGGUUCCGGUGUGGAGAGAUGGAUCUUAUUCCUCGUCUAUAUUUUUCCAGUAGAUUCUGGAAAGCCUGGUGAAGUAAUGACUGAUCUGCUGUCUACCAAUGCCGCCAUGUUGCACUCUGUUCAACACCAUGCAUUUACAGGCUUAGCAUUUACGGUCUUCUUGUUCGUUGGUUGAUGUGAGAGAAAUUAACAAAGCAAAAUUAUUCAAAUACUAACACAUUUAUUACUAAGAAUUAUACAGUUAAUUCUACAAUGUUAUAACAAAUUUCUGCAUAUUUUAUACUAAUCUACAGGAAAUAAUUUCGGCUCAAUAUUUCAUGUUUUCAUGUAAUCGCAAUAUUUGAGAUGUAGAGAAAAGUAUGUGCAUUGUACAGAUAUUACUAUUUAAGCAGAAUAAUAUGGUGUUAAGAGUAGUCAUUUACCAAAAACAAUAAUUUAAGUGUAAUACCAGUAGUGAUAGGUAAUGGAAAAUAUUUUUCACAUUUUAUUAAUCGUACACAACAUUCUGUGUAUAAGAUCAAAUGUAUUAUUGUAAUAUUUACACUGGAUUCUCGAAUGAAUGGUCUGUGGAUCAGGUUUCUAAUGUGUGGAACAAGCAAGACUAAUUUUAUUGACAGAGGUGUCAAAUAUCUCAGCAAUGCCAUUUUGACUCUGUCAUCUGAAGUUUGACAUAACCUUUCAUAAAUGUGGUCUUCCUGUUGUUGGUUAUUUGGGCAACAUCUGAUAUGCAGCAUAUUGUGUCAGUGGGUAAGAAGAUUACACAUCAGUUAGUUUCAUCUUUGUACAGUGAGACUUUGUUAUGAAUGUCUGGAGGAACAAGUAUCUUGAUUAAUGAAGUAUGGAUCUGGAGUUACUUCCCUUGAUAUAUGACUGUUAACAAUCAAACUACCGUAUUCGACGUAAUAAGCACUCAGGGCGCUCUCAAAAUUAGAAAUAGGGGGCUCUUAUUAGAAUAUUACUUUGG